CAGCAGAUUUAGGAAAUGUGAGGAACAAGUCUCCCCUUUGAUUGUGCACAAUGGACAGAUCCUACGGUGGACCUAGCGUGCGGAGAAAGCAAGACUAUUUCUCAAUCUUGCAGGAACAAGUGCCGGCCUAACACAGGGGCUGACAUACCCAGAGCAGGUUUCCUAUGUUAUUCGAGAUGAAGUGGAGAAGUACAAUCGAAAUGGAGUCAAUGCCCUGCAGCUGGACCCAGCACUCAAUAGGCUCUUCACGGCUGGCCGAGACUCCAUCAUAAGAAUAUGGAGUGUCAGUCAGCACAAGCAAGACCCAUACAUAGCAUCUAUGGAACACCAUACUGAUUGGGUAAAUGACAUUGUACUCUGUUGUAAUGGGAAAACAUUAAUAUCUGCUUCUUCUGACACAACAGUGAAAGUAUGGAAUGCACAUAAGGGAUUUUGCAUGUCAACAUUAAGGACGCAUAAGGAUUAUGUAAAGGCUUUAGCAUAUGCCAAGGAUAAAGAACUUGUAGCAUCAGCUGGGUUGGACAGACAAAUAUUCCUUUGGGAUGUGAAUACUCUAACAGCAUUGACUGCCUCAAAUAACACUGUCACAACUUCUUCUUUAAGUGGGAACAAAGAUUCUAUUUAUAGCCUGGCCAUGAAUCAACUUGGAACAAUCAUUGUAUCAGGGUCCACGGAGAAGGUUUUAAGGGUAUGGGAUCCAAGAACAUGUGCCAAACUAAUGAAGCUUAAAGGACACACAGACAAUGUGAAAGCACUGCUGUUGAACAGAGACGGCACCCAGUGCCUCUCGGGCAGUUCUGAUGGGACAAUUCGCCUUUGGUCCCUUGGCCAGCAGAGAUGUAUAGCAACGUACCGAGUACAUGAUGAAGGGGUUUGGGCCUUGCAAGUCAAUGAUGCAUUCACACAUGUAUAUUCUGGAGGAAGGGACAGAAAGAUUUACUGUACAGACCUAAGAAACCCUGACAUUCGAGUGCUCAUUUGUGAAGAAAAAGCACCAGUUCUUAAGAUGGAGCUUGAUAGAUCAGCUGAUCCUCCCCCUGCAAUCUGGGUUGCAACAACCAAGUCUACAGUAAAUAAGUGGACACUGAAGGGAAUUCAUAAUUUUAGAACCUCUGGAGAUUAUGACAAUGACUGUUCAAGUCCGAUAACUCCCCUUUGUACACAACCUGACCAGAUUAUUAAAGGGGGUGCUAGUAUUAUUCAGUGUCACAUUCUUAAUGAUAAGAGACAUAUAUUAACCAAAGACACCAAUAAUAACGUGGCAUACUGGGAUGUAUUGAAGGCAUGUAAAGUUGAAGAUCUGGGCAAAGUGGAUUUUGAAGAUGAAAUUAAGAAAAGAUUUAAAAUGGUGUAUGUGCCAAACUGGUUCUCAGUAGACUUAAAAACAGGGAUGCUGACUAUCACUCUGGAUGAGAGUGACUGCUUUGCUGCUUGGGUUUCUGCAAAAGAUGCUGGCUUCAGCAGCCCUGACGGCUCAGACCCAAAACUGAAUUUAGGAGGACUUUUACUCCAGGCACUCUUAGAAUAUUGGCCUAGAACACAUGUGAGUCCAGUGGAUGAAGAAGAAAAUGAAGUAAACCAUGUAAAUGGGGAACAGGAAAACCGAGUACAGAAGGGAAAUGGAUAUUUUCAAGUGCCCCCACAUACACCUGUGAUCUUUGGUGAAGCGGGAGGUCGAACACUGUUCAGGCUGCUCUGCAGAGAUUCCGGGGGUGAGACCGAGUCGAUGCUUCUCAAUGAGACAGUGCCACAAUGGGUGAUUGACAUCACUGUGGACAAAAACAUGCCCAAAUUCAACAAAAUUCCUUUCUACCUCCAACCUCAUGCAUCUUCAGGAGCAAAAACCUUAAAAAAAGAUAGACUGUCUGCUAGUGACAUGCUCCAAGUCCGAAAAGUAAUGGAACAUGUUUACGAGAAAAUUAUCAACUUAGAUAAUGAAUCUCAAACCACUAGCUCUUCUAAUAAUGAGAAACCAGAACAGGAGAAAGAGGAGGAUAUUGCUGUGCUGGCAGAAGAAAAAAUCGAACUUUUGUGCCAGGACCAGGUUUUGGAUCCAAAUAUGGACCUUCGAACAGUGAAGCACUUCAUAUGGAAAAGUGGUGGUGACCUCACCCUGCAUUACCGCCAGAAAUCCACGUGAAGGGUGGGCCAGUGCUCCUGGGUAUCCAUUAACUACCUUCCUCUGCGGCCCCAAGAGUAGUCCUAGGAAGCCCACCGAGCCCAGCGGGAGCGAGACUUCUAACGACCAGUUUGGUAUGGACCGAGAUUCUUUCAGUUGAAGUGACUAAUCGAGAUGUAAUAUAGAAACCAGUCUCCAAGUGUAGAUUAAGCUGCCCCAGGAAGCAGUGUGGAGGCAGAAGAGCCCCAGGCAGACUUUGUCCUGCAGCUGUACAGACAAUUGACCGCAGGCCAGUGCAGACUUCGCUUCCUCUCCUUUCAAAGGACCUUAUCUGUGUCUGUUAGCACUUGUUAGAAAACAUGGUUGACCACACCUGUCACUGUGUUUCAACUUCAAACCCACAGCUGUGUAGCUUUUCUAAGAGUACAUUCAUUCCUGCAGUACCUAUGAAGGCUUUUUCCAAGUUGGUCAUAAAAAAAGUCAAAUUGUUUUCACCAUGUAAGACAGUUAUUUUUAAUGGUAAUUUGCUGUUGCACAAUUUGAGAGCCAGCCCAUUUCAUAAUAAAUGAUGAGCGUUGGGCUUGUUUUU